AUGCCAAAAUGGAAUUGGUUCACCGGCCAUCUUCUCGUUCUUCAAGAAUACAUUGAGCGAUUACCCCCCGAUGCAAAUGUCCAACUCGCCAUGCAAAGUCUGGCGCUGGAGAAAUGGGGACAUACAGAAAUAUUUCUGAUGGACUUCUGGCCUGUUUACCCACCGUUCUAUAUCGUCUUUGACCCACAAGCAGCGUAUCAGGUCUCCAACAAAUUCAACUUGCCUAAACUUCCGCUGCAUCUCAAAUUCAUGCAUCCAAUCGUGGGCGGACCAAGUCUACACGGUAUGAACCAUGCCGAGUGGAAAUAUUGGCGGAACAUAUUCAAUCCCGGGUUCAGCGGGGGCAGUAUGAUGGACCUCGUGCCAGCCGUGGUUGAUUCAACCCAGGUAUUUUGCGAUAUCUUACAGGGGAAAGUUGGGUCCAAGGAACCAAUUCAGCUCAGCACUCUAACAUCGCGAUUGACAAUGGAAGUGAUUUUGAAGAUCACUCUGGAUAUGAACUCUGAUAAUCAGCGCGCUGAGCAUCCGAUCUCAACCUCAUUGCAGAAGAUCUUAGCUUGGCAUUCCUUUUGGGAUCCGCGAGUCUUAAUCAACCCUGUCCGACCAUUCGUCCAGAAGUACCACAGCAAUCUUAUCAAUAAGUCUAUCAGGAAAGAGCUGGAGAAGAGAUUUAUUGAAAUGAAACAGGGCCAAGAACAGGAGAAGCUACAAUCAGAUUCCUCUAAAAGAGGAAAAUCUGUUAUUGCGCUUGCCCUUGAGGCCUAUCUCGCCGAUCCUCAGCUUGGCGAGAAGAAAGAUUUCAGUGAGACAACCGUGUUGGAUGAGCAUUUUGCCCAAUAUGCCUCCUAUCAAAUCCGUCUGUUUUUAUUUGCUGGUAGCGACACAACGUCAAGCACCAUUAAUUACGUCUAUCAUCUUCUCUUCAAGCAUCCCGAUAUCCUGAGACAGGUACGAGAAGAGCACGACCGCGUCUUUGGAAGCGAUCCCUCGAACGCAGGCAAUAUGAUCAAGUCAGACCCGACUCUACUGAACAACUGUUCGCUCACGCUCGCGGUGAUCAAAGAGACCCUCCGGGUAUUCCCGCCCGCCUCAACCAGUAGGGGCGAGCUGGCAGACACGCACGAAUCCUUGACUGACCGACAUGGGAACUUGUACCCCAUUGACUACGUUGGAGCCAAUAUCCUCCACCAAGCUUGUCAUUUAAAUCCCCGCAUAUGGCCGCGUGCAGAAGAGUUCCUCCCAGAGCGCUGGCUUGUUGAACCGGGACACGAACUAUACCCAGUCCCAGGUGCUUGGCGUCCAUUUGAGCAGGGACCCCGGAACUGCAUUGGCCAGACACUUGUCUAUAAUGAAAUACGCGUACUUUUAGCCAUGAGCCUGAGACUUUUUGAUAUCUCGCCAGCUUAUGAAGAGUGGGAUGCGCUCAAGUUACAGAAUCAAGGGUGGGUGAGUAGGUUGACUGGACGCUCUGGCAAGGCGGUUCCCAAUACUGUUAAUGGGGAGAGAGCCUACCAAACUGAGAAAGCCGCUUUUCCGGUAGAUGAUUAUCCAUGUCGUAUAAGUCUCCGGGCAUAA